UCGAUGCGCUCCCGCCACUCGUCGUCGCUCUGAUCUCUCAAUACGCGACCACUUCGUCUCUCUUCAUUCUCACAAGCUCGCACUAUACUAAACACUCGUUCAGCUUUCCCCGUCUCCCACCUCCCAGCCAUGUCCGGCGACAAGCCACCAUACAGCGAGACCCACGACCACCCCUCGGGCCUCGCCAUGCCCCCAGUCCCCACCGCCCAGCUCGCCAUGGACCAGCCCUACGGCGACCCCAAUAACCCAGAUGUCGACCCCGAGUUCCCCAUCCAAGGCGGGGCUGAGAACCUCCACAGCGCAGACAGGCCGGCGCCCACUCGAGGCAUCCUCAAGAACCCUCUCCGCAACCCGACUGACCCAAAGGACAAGGAACACCUGUCGUGGGACGAGGCCAACAUUGCUCUGACCGAGAUUCAGAAGGACUCGUUGAUGAAGAUUGAUGAGCCCAAGACGCCAUAUGUCCGCUACGACGCUGUCAACGAUGUUGUUCUUGGUAUUGGAGAGGUGCCAGAUCUCGAUCUGGAAGUCGACCCUCUGGAUGCUUCGCACCCAGCAGCACCUCCCUCGGUCACCUCGUCGCAGGGUGCUCCUCAAAGUCCCACCCGCUCAAUGACCCGAGACAACACGGAGGCGAAUGCGCGCCGUCCGUCGAUAUCAUCGUCUUCUUCUCGCUCGGCGUCAUUCUCGCUGCCGGAUCGCGCGCAUCCCGUACGACCUGGGGAGUCUUCGCACGCGCAUGAUGUCGAGACGAUUCCCGAGGCGCUUGGUGCGACCUACGCCAACACUUCUGGAAACGCCCAGCGUGCGAACAGCGUGAGCGGCGCCAGCGAUGUGUUCGCCGACAGUGACGACGAGAAGCUCGAUGAUGAGGCGCGCGCUCACAAGCGCGACUUUGAGAAGAAGCGCGCCAUGCACUACGGACAGGAGGCAGCGCUUGCGCUGAAGAAGAGCCGUGAGAUGGCUGAAGAGGAGGAGGAUGACGACGAGGAGGCCUCCUCCAUGCCCAACGGGAUCAACGGGUCGCGCCAAUAA